ACAGACGCCAGGAAACAUGGGGGAUACCGGCAUCGCUUAAUAAUAAUAAUAGUAUUCAGGGGUCAAUUUUGUGAUUUGGAGGCUCAUGUCAAAAAAGAGACAGCUCUAAACUUAGCAAUAUCUUCUCCUCAAACUGUCGAUAAGUACCGGUCGAACCUGGUAGGAGUUUGCAGCUUCUUUAAUCCGUAAUGGAGGAACUUCUCCCGGAAGAUGUUUAUCGGCUUUCCCACUGUGGAAAGAUAACCUCGUUUAACUGUCAACGACUACCAGGUGUAAACGGGGGAGAGAAAAGUGAGUUAAUAUUCUCCUGCGUUUCAUUUGACCGGCAGGAAAAGAGGUACGUGAAGGCAGCAGAGGGAGCGGCUGUCCUCGGCGGUAGAAACGCAACAAAUGUGAAUGUUGUGAAGUGUAAAUGCGUGAUAAAUGUCCAGAAAAGAGUCGCUGAACCUUGUGUAUUAGUGUGGAAGAAGAAAAACAAAGGGGAAAGUUUCCAUUAUAGUCUACUGACACUGAGCAGCACAAACAAACUGGAGCCCUGUAUUGAGUUCAAGCUGCCUUAUCAAAUGGAGGAAAAUGUGUCCAUCCUCCACGGUCCCACUGUGAUGUGGAUCCACACUGGUCAGGUCUUCUACACGUCCCCACAGGCUGGAGAAGUGAGACGGAUCCCGAUUCAGUUGUCACACUGUGUUUUUGGAGAGUUGCCCCUCCUUAAUGAAAGACUGUUUAUUCUCGGGCAAAACAUUUCAGGAAAGUCCUCGAGUCAUCAUCCCACAAGGCAAACUCUGGGAUAUUUAGUGGAGAGCGGACACGUGUUUGACGGCUCUAUGAUUUUACCUUUCCCCUACAUUUGUAUCACGCUGUGCAUCCUGGUGCUUUCAGCAGAAAAAGAAGAAAAUACGUUGAAAUCUGCUGUGGUUGCAGCAACUUCUAAUAAGCAGCUUGUUUAUCUUGAGAAUGGGAUGGUGAGGGAGACAUGUCAGCUCCCCUUUGAACAAGCUGAGAAUAUACAGGUGGUCAACACAGGGAGGAAUGGCUGCCUGUUUGUUGUGACUUUUAGCCAGGGGCAUGUAUGCACUAUAUGGAGGGAGACAUUUCAGGUUAGUAAAAACAGAGUCAGUAAUUAGAUUAUCUACAGCAAUUUGUGAUUUUUACUGCUCUAUUUAGAACGAGUUCACAUUGCAUUGUCUCACUGUGUUUAACCCCCCUUUCUAGGUGGCCUCCCACUGGUCUGGAGUCAGUUCUGUUCACGUGGAUGACUUUGUGGGAUGUGGGACAGAUCAGAUGCUGCUGGUUUUCGGAGAUCAGGGUAUAUCAGGACAACCAUUGGAAAAUUUCCUCCUCACUGACCUCUGUGGCAUCGCCUACGCAGUAAGACAAUUUCACAUUUGACAUGCUGUUUAACUGAAACAUUCAUUUGUGACGGUGGGUAUUUGUGUCUUGUGUCAAGGAUUGCCCAGAAAAUAGAGCACCUAGGACACCUUUACCACCGGAGACCCAUCUCUUAACUCUUCAAGCUUUAGAGUCCAGACUACAGGUGAACUUUUUAUUUUCUUAUGGAUCUCUGUUAUGAUAUUGUUCACUGUAAAAGAUUUAGCAGUAAUAUGAAACUGCUUUUGUGGAUUUCAGAUGAUUAUAAGCACAUGAUCUUGUUUCACCCAUGUUGACUUGCCAUGUUACGCAACAUAGUAUAUUAUAUGCUGAUGAUCUUGCCAUGAACUCCGACACAUGCAAUAGAUAGCAAUUUUUUCAGUAUAUCCUAUCAGUCACACGUACUCUGUUGUACAGAGUGGAUUGACGGUGCUGCAGGAGUUUCAGAGAGAGGAGAGAGUGAAGGAGAGGGUGCUGCAGCAGUCACUGCAAGCCCUAGCUGCUGCUGUCUCAGAGAGAGAGUCUGUCGUCAUAUCGCCUGAGCAGGUACUGUUUAUGUUCAACAGUGAGUUUCUGCCAGAAACAACUGCUGCAUUAUUGAGCAAGUUUAUUUUAAAGGGCUGGGUGAGUGUACAGUAGACACUGUACCUUUGCUAAAGUGCUGAUGCAAGACUUCCCGUGACAUAUGAUUCUGAUUAAUUUAUUUGUCUCUCUAUUUUUUGGCAUAAAAAUAGAUUUAAAAAUGGAAAAGAAAAAAAGAGCAUUAAAUCUGGAAAAACACACUCACUGCUGUGUUCAGCAAAACAAAACAAACCAAAAAAAAAAAAAAAAACAGGCAGCACAAGUUUAAAAAGGAAGAUGGUGAAGUUCCCCCUUUUCUCAUCAGCUGCAACAGUCAUUCCUCUUCUGUGAAACAUGUCCUGUGUGUGUUGGUGUGUGUGGAGGGUUCUCAAAUAUUAAAUCCCUACAAUACAGAUUAAAAUGAACUCUUCAAGUUGUAUCAUUUAUAAGGGAACUUUUGGUUCUGUUAUAAAGUAAAACCAGACUCGCAUAGGAUUUUUAAUGUGGAAAUGGAUACUGAUAUGACAUCACAUUUAUUUAUUUUUUCAUAAACCUUUUUAAAAUCCUUUUGUGUAUUCAUUCUGCACAGAUAUAAAUACCAUAAAACUUCUAAAAUACAGUAGGUCUGUUCCAAUAGAAGGUAGGGUCACUAAGUGGCAGGGUGUGGCUGCAUGUUUUAGUAAAUAAAGGCAGGUCUUAGUUGAAAGUCUAUACAUUGUUUUACGAGUGUGCGUGUGUGUACCAUGAAAUACCAGAUUUCUGAGCAUGUCAUUUAUCAACAUUAGUCUCCCACAAAUGAAUCAGAAAAACAGCUGAAGAAAUGUGUGCUUCAGUGAGUGUAAGGGAGACAGGGAAGUGUGGUCACAGUUUGUGCUGGCUGUAAAGAUAAAAGUUUUAUUUACCAAAACAACAGAAACAAUUAAAGCCUGUCUCUUAGUGAUGCCUGUGCCCAAUAAAGGCAGGGUGAGUUUAUUAAUUCAAAUAAAUAAAUAAAAGCCUGGGCCACUAAUUGAAGUUUUAUGGUAGUUAAACAUUAAUACAUACAACUGUCUUCUCUACACUAGUGUUCUGCAAUAACUGUGAGUGUUUAACAAUGAAGUAAGACCAUAACUGUGAAAGACAAAUCAUGAUAAACUCACAGUUACGCUUAAGAAUCUAAGUGGGAUUAAUUGGGAUAAAAGAAAGGCCACUUUUUACAGUGGCCUACUUUUUUUCUACAUUAUUUUUCUGUAAAUAUUCACGAAAACAACAUACCAUAAAUAUACCUGUGACAGACCUAUUUCCUCUUGAUUAAAUUGAAGAUCAGUGUCAGCUGACUGAUGUAAACACUUUAUUUCCUCAUUACUGGGUAGAAUACACGCCCCAUCUAUAAGGGCCUUCCCUACAGUCCUCCUCAUGGUGACACCUGCUGGUUUCCAACCCUCACCGUCUGCUACAAAUCUCCUCUCAUUCUUUUCUCUCUUCAGCUUGGUUUUCCCUCACAUUUACAGCAACAAAAUCUUUAUUAAAACAUCUAUAAUGUCCGUAGUCCUAGCUUUCUUCCCCUCAGUUGUUUAGGUUUUUGUUCCCUGAUUUGUCACUCAUUUUGUCAGGUAGUCAAAUUUAAAAAGGCGUCCCCCACGAGGCUGAGGCAGUCCUGGUCCAUUAUACGGCCAGUGGGAAUGAGAAAGGAAGACCAGCUGCAUGCACUGAAAAAUAAUUUCCCCUUCUUUCAUGGUGCCACUUAAUAUUUUCUAAUGUGUUUGCUGCUGUUCUGUUUCUUACCUUGAAUCCAGCCGGUGGCCUCGCUGAUUUGACUGUGUUUUGACAGAAAGUAAAACUAAAGCACUCUGUUCUUUAAUAGCCUUUAAGGAAGUCCUCUCCAUGUGUAACUAAUGGGCUGUUGUUCAAAUUGAAAUGCCUGACGUAAACCGCUAUUGCUGUCAAUGCUGUCACACACUUGUCGUUGCUGAUUACAGUCUUUACACUCCCUGUCCAGGAAGGCCUUGUUGCUCUGUGGGACUGUGACGAUGAGUCAAAGGAUGAAGGCUCGGAUGACAAGAAACACGACAUGCCAGCAGUGUCUUCAAAACCUCAAGUUGACAAGCUGUGGCAUUGCAUCGCUGAGGACCGAAUGGUUGUGGGAGUGAUACUAACCACUGACAUUUCUGUGUAAAUAUGACUUUGCAUUUUAAUUGUUUGUUGUUUCCUGGGUGUGUGGAGAGAGGCAACGGCCUUCUCAGAAGUGAGCCUUUUGAUCUCAACAUUAUCUAAAAGAUUGCACCGAGUGGUUGUCCACUUAUGUGUCAUUAACAUGGUGAGAUCAGUUAGUCGGGUGGAUCUAUGUUUGUGAUAAAGACAAAGGCUAUACUACCACCACAGCACUCCAUGCUGUCAUUAAUGAAGAGGGGCUUUGCAAGCGGCUGGGCUGCAUAAUAAAUACUCAAUAGAUCUAUAAAGUUCAAACAUUUAGAAAUUUUCAAAGAAUAUACAUGAUCAUAGAAAAAUCUUUCUUCUGUCAACAGUAAUUAGCAGAAACUGAACAAAUCGAGUUAAAUGAAUUAAACAUGCAAAAUAAAUGCAGUGCCUUGAGACUCCAAAAGCUGAGAAAAUCCCAUCAAACUUUUAAGUAACACUUUAUUUAACGCCUAUCUCUUUAACACAUUAUAAAUAUAUGUGCAAUGCGUUGUAAUCACAUGAUAGCACUCUGCAACCAUUGUUAUAAACACUCAUAUUUGAUCAUAAUGCUGUAUAGAAAUGAUCAUAACACAUUAUAAAGCAUUUUAUCAUGACUUACAAGGUCAGGUAUUAUAAUGUGUAAUAACUGUUAACAGCUCACUGACAAUGCCCACAUAGAUAAUGCAAUGCAACUGUUGUUAACAGUUAUAACAUACUAUAAUACCUGACCUUGUAAAUCAUGAUGAAAUGCUUUAUAAUGUGUUAUGAUUGUUUCUGCAAAGCAUUAUGAUCAUUUAUGAAUGUUUAGAACUAUAGUUAUACAGUGCUUUAAUGUGAUUAUAGGGCAUUAUGCAUAUAUCUAUAAUGCGUUUCACAUAUAGGUGUCAAAUAAAGUGUUACCAACUUUUACUUUAACAGCAGUCUUACACUCUUUAACACAAUAAAAGAAAUGAUUUUGCUUUCUUCUCGUUGGCUAAGAGCUAGGCAUAGUUGGAAAUAUUUAGGAGUGUGGCUAAUUUCCUCCAUCCCUUUGCAGGAUUUUUGCAAAGUACAGUGUCCAGGAUAUGAUACGUAUCAUGACAUGAUAAGGUAUCAUGAUAUGAUAAGGUAUCUUGAUGCACAGCUGUAAAGAAGUGCAGUGAGAAAAAGCAAAAGGUAGUUUUUAGACUCCUUCCACCUAAAACAAGAACUGUCAAACUGUAAUUAUUAUGUCAAGUAUUUGAGAAGAACUGAAUUACAAACACACGGUGCAUAGCUCUAUUCGACAUGCUUCUAUGGGGUUUUAAUUAUCCCUGUAGUCAGUGCUUAUUCCCAAACAAGCCUUACUUACUGGGAUCACCUUCACAGCUGUUGUUGCUGUAUUGAUUUUAUAACAUGUGCAUCAAUGCAGGUAUUGGCAGGAAGCACAAGGUGAAAUUGAUUUUUUUUAGCUACCUACACAGACUUUGGAUUAGGUUGACCUCAGUUCAUAAGCAGGUAUUCAAAGAAAACGAUUUUUUGAUCCGACUGUAUGAUUCCUGAUCUGAUAACCCAGCUCUAUGUGAUAUCUAAUUACUUGUGCUGCACUGUUUUGUUUUUCUUGCAGACCUGUAGCCGAUGUGAGCUUAUCCAUCCUGACAGCGACAGGCCAGAGCUCAACGCUCUCCGUCAUCCAGACCCAGAGCCAAGUCUUCUGGCUGCCUGCUCCCUACUUUUCAUCCUCCUCCCCAAUCCUCUCAUCCUCUGCCUCCAAUUUCCCAGAGCCUGCUGCCAAAAGAAGCAGGCAGCACAGUGCCAGCAGACCCAGUGAUCUCAACACAUGCAGACUGGCUGUGACUGCUGCUACCGCGCUGACACCUUUGCUGAACUCUGGCUGUGUCAACUGUCGUGUCGUGCUCCAUUACAUCCAGAGACGCGAUGCUUUCGCCCUCGUGAGCAACCAAACACAGGCUGUCCUGGAUUGCGGUGAUAUUGCUCUAGACAUCCACAGUGAACCACCGACUCAAUUAUUGAAAAACCCUGAGCUCAAAACAGGUAGAAUUAUUAAACACCUACCACUUGAAAUCUUAAUACUGACCCAUGCAUGCUCAUUGGUUUCUUCUUGUUGUGCACAGAUGAGGUUCUGGAAGACUUCCUAAGUCUAAGGACCGUGCUGGAUCACUGGGUCUUCUGUGUAGACUCUCCAGAGCACAGUCUUGGUGAUAUAGAUGGCUGGAUUCAGAGGAGAGAGGGGUGUAAAAGAAUAGAAGUGCAUCCACAGUAUCUACUGAUAAAUUCAGCAGGAACAUCUGCCCCCAUGCUGCUGCACUGGCGUCAGAUAACCCCUUUCCAAGGGGAGCUGUCUGUCCACUCCAGGUAAAUCAUUUUUAUUUACUGAUAGCAGAGAGAUGGUGCUGACCUCACAGUUGGAGGUCUAGAUGCUUCAGAUUGCGCUGAGCUUUGGCCACAACCAAGGUGACCUCAAACAAUGACAAGGUGCAAUUUAUUUUAAAGGUUAUCUGUGGAGUUUUCUUAGUUGUUGAUAAAAACGUUUCGUGUUCACAUUUAAGGAUACUCAUCUCAAAUAUUCAGGGUGGUAUGUGGUCACAGAAAUCAGGGUUCCUACACAAGUAUGAAAAGUAUCGGAAAUUAUGGAAUAAAUUUGAUUAAUUUCCAGGUCUUAAAAAGUAUGGAAAAUGAAAACUAUGUAUGGAAAAAUAUUUUUGUUUCCAGACUAUAUUACCACAGUUCUAAAAUACUGUUUUCUAAAAUAGAAAAGUAGAUAUUUCCAAAAAUAACUCUAAAAAGUAAAGUAUGGAAAAGUAUGGAAGUAACAAAUGUGUAGGAACUGUGAUAAAUAGUUAUCCACAUCAUUUGUUAAACCAAAUUAAAAAAAAUUAUCAAAUUUUACUUUGUCAUCAUCCCAAGACGCUUUCAAGAAAAAGAGCAGGUCUAGACCACGCUCAUUGUUUGAUGAAUUAUCAAGACCCAACCUAAGCUGGGAUUUGACCCAUCUCAUCUAACAUGAGUAACAGUGGGAGAGAGAGAGGAGUAGAGAGAGGGCAGGGGGAGAGAAAGAGAACAAGAUAGAGGAAAGGAGAGAGAAUAGGUUAGGGGGAGGGAGGGAGAGAGAGUAGAGAACGAGGGUGUGAGAGAGAGAAAGGGGACAGCAGCAACAUUAAAAAAACAGCAACAGCUCAUGUAACGGUGAAACAAAAUGAAUUCUGUUUACAGGGUUAGGAUAUGAGUAAUUAUGGACUAUGUUAAAUUGAUUUAAUCUCCUAUCUCCUGGCUUUCCAUGAACUGCAGGGUUUGACAUGCAUUUUAGCAACAUUUACAGUAGAUAGAUUGACUUGUUCUUCUGUGGUUAUUUUGCAAUGGAUAUAGAACAAUUUAAUAUUACACAUCUGUCAUUCCAAGCACAUAAUAAUCUGAUACUCAUGGUCAUCUUAGCCAGGUACGUCAAUAUGAGAUGUUUUUUUUUUUUUAAUAAUUUAUGAAAUAAACUACACUGGGUUAUCUUUCAGAACAUGUCUGAUAUCUAUGUUUAAAGCAACAUGAAUCUGCACUGUUCUGUGCAUCAUUACAGGUUAUAUAUUAAACACAAGCCACUUACUGCUGUAGGUUUAAUAUGCUGUCAGUGAGGGUGGGAAAACCUUUUGUAAUUUAAGGGGAUAUAAACAUUGCUCAACAGUAGCCACAAUAAACAGGCCACAGGCUGCCUGCAGUGUCUGCAGACUUUAACAUGUAUGUUUUUUAUUUAUUUUUUUAUCAGCCAUGUGAGUGCAGGCCUCAGCUACUACUGAAUCUGUCCAUCUCUGCUUGUUAUACUCAAAUGCCAGAAUACUGAGUCGAUAUUUUGAAGGAUUUCCUUUGGUUUGCGCACACUGACUUGUUACAUGCUGCUCAUUUUAAGUAACAGAAACUCAGAAAGGCGGAGACAUGUAUCUUGUCAAAAAUCAUGAUGAACCAUUGCCACCCUAAGGGUGUACUAAAUAGUGAAAUUCUGGCCUCUGGCCCAUAGCCUAAAAUUGUAAUGAACGCUGUAAGGGAGAGGAACAAUGUCAUGGGAUAGAUAAAAGUAAGUAAAAAAGUGAGUAAAAAACUGCCCAAAUAUGUUUAGAACAACAAAUGAACUUUAUUCUGUCGAUUCUUCUUUUUUUAAUGUCAUAACUGCAGCCCUCCUCCUUUAUCCGGGCUUGGGACCGGCAAAAUUGACUCAAUUGAGACAAUUUGGCGGAGUUACUGUUUUUUUUUUUUUUUUUUUUUUAAUUAAUUUAAUUUUUUUUUUUUUAAUUGUUUUUUUUUUUUUUUAUUUAUUGUUUUUUUGUAUUUAUUAUUUUUUUAAAGUUUUUUUUUUUACUGUUUUUUUAUUGUUUUUCUUUUUCUUUAUUUGAUUUUUUUAAUAUAUUUUUUGCUGCUAGUAUGGGUACUGGUUAAAUGGUUCAGUUGCAGCUGGUGCACUUUUCCUCAUCCUUUUCUUUUUCUUGCCCUGAAAAACAACACAACAUUGUUACUUCUCUGACCUGUUAACACCAGAUUAUGCAGUGUCAGUAGUAUAAAGCUGCUUUUGAAAUCUCACAUCACAACAUUUGUGAUGCUGCUGUGCAUAGAUUGUGUACUUACAUAAUUGUUGAUGGCUGACCAACCUGGGUACAGCCGACUGUGUUCUUCCUUUUCCACUCUGGCCAUUUCUUUAAAUUCCCCUCGCUGUUCCUCUGUAAGCUUCUUCCACUGUGAACAGACAAAAACAUAUUGUCAGAAACACACUUAUUUCCAAACUGGAUCAUCCACUUGCGCAUGAACAACACCUGGUGCACACCACGUACUCAUUAGUGAGUGUACAACAUUUCCUCUAAGCAAACUUUCAUACCUUUAAAAGUUCUUUACAUGAGACAGUGAAUAAAAAGCAACAUUAACAGUUACAGUGAAAAGAUAAAGUAAAAAUCUUUGAUUUAUUUAAACCCGAGUGAACCAUGUCCUGACACACUUACCCACUGGCCGAGGAAAGCAUUCGUCUCUGCGCUCCCUUUCUCUGCAACUUCAGCUGGUACAUUUUCUCUGUACAUCCUCAUAAAGAUCAUGAAGGCAUUUGGCGGCUUUUUGAUGUACGAGCUGUCCUCCUGCUCCAUUUCCCUUUUUCUUUUCCUGUUGGUCAAAAUCAGAGAGAAAGUUAAUGUUGUUGCUCUAUCAAACUUUUUUAAUUGAAUAAAUGUUAAGGUAUGCCUCAUGUCAUUUCCAUUCUCUUUGCUUAUUAUCACAAUCGUUUAUGAAUAAGAUAAAGUUUGAGUAAUUUGAAUCAAUACUUACCUUGAGUUGGAGGCUGUGGGAAGAGAAACAGCGGGCUCAUUUGACUUAAACGCUGUGUAAGGGCUGGCCAAUGGACGCUGUUGGUCAAAGAGCCUUUGAAUGCAGUGACACCUGCAUGUGUCCACUAACAGUGGUUUUGCAGCUUUUGGGCCUCAUUUUCAGGUCACCAUGAUUUUCACAUUUGUUUUUGAAUUGUGUGUGUGCAUUUAUUAUCAUUUGAAAAUCUUAAAUUUUGCUUGUGAAUUGUUGAAAAAUGUGUUUGUGGAUGAUUUAUUUUUGAGACAAACAUCACACAGUUUUCAAGAUACACACACACACAUACACAAGUUGAGGAUAUUUACGUGUGGAGAACACCGCCUCUCCCAUACACAUGGCGGCAGGGUUGCUCUCCCUGUUGAGAGCACAGACUCUGAAGAAGAUGAUUGAUAGCUGUCCAUCUUAGAAAUGCAGAGAAGUAUGCCGGGCUGGGGACCGGCAAAAAUGACUCAAUUGAGACAAUUUGGCGGAGUUAGUGUGUUUUUUUUUUUUAUUUUACUUUUUUUUUUUUUUUUUUAGUUUCUAAAUUAAUCGAUAGAGGGGUAUGAAAACUCGCCAAAUAUAGCAACAAGGCUGUAAGUUGGCAACACUGGCUGUGAGGUUAUGAUGUGAAUAUGUGUGAAUAAUGUGCUCCUAUCCCUGAUGUCCCUGGGUGAUGUAUGGCCAAAAGAAUGUAUAUCAUGUAGGUGAAAAUUGCAGUAAAAUGCGUAUUUUUGUGAUUUAAAGAGCUCUAGUGACUUCCAUGUUGGGUGGGGGUGGUUAACUCCAUGAGCUGCUAAACAAUAUUUAGCUAGGCACCUGGAAAGGUUAUCAUACAAAAAUAUAAUCUACAGGUGUAAAUCGAAGUCUAUUCCUUAUGCCUGUUCUGUGUUUUGGUUCAGCCUCUAUUAUGAGCCACUCUAUUGAAUAAUUCAAUUUAUUCUAGAGGAGCUCGAGAAGGUAGCCUGGCAAGAAGAAGUGGGCACUGCUCAAUUUAUAUUUAUGGAUUCCAACUUGACAAGGCUUUGAAGUGUACUAGGAUGCACGUCAGAGUGUUAUUCCUCUGAAUAUCAAAGUGAUUAGGGCUCUCUGGCAAGUAAAGCGCUUAAAAUGACAAAUUCUGCAAAUAGGCCCUGAGCAGGUAAUGUGGGUGUGAAGCAGCUAAGAGAAAUGGAAGUGAUUAAACAAGAGAUUAAGAGAAUUUAAUGAUCAUUUUCAGUUAUGAUGGUAAUGUGCACUUUCUGGCAGUCUAACGUCAACAUAUGGUUUUCUCUUUCCUUUUUGCAGGCAGUUACCGAUGCUCCAGUUCCUCGACUCCCUUUUGGCUCACCUCCCCAUGUCCUCCUCCAUACAGCCCAUCAAAGGCACAACAGGACAAGAAGCAGCUCAAAUAUUUUCUUUGGCGCUGGAGAAAGAAGCGGUGGCUCUCCGAGAAUGUGUGUCGUCUCUGCUUUGUGAAGAAGAGGGAGGGGAGGAGGAGGAGGAGAAGAAGAGGAGCUUUGGGGAGGAGAAGGGCCCUGAUCUGUGUUCCGCAGGGGGGUUACUGAAGGUCAGAGAGAUGUGGCAGCAGGACGUAGAGAGGAGCAGGAUGAAGUUGAGCCCCCUGGUGGAUGUGGGAAGGUAUCGAAAGCUGACCCAAAACAUGUUCAAAGUCCAACUAGAAGCAGAUUUGGCAGCUCUUCUGGACACCCAGGGGACUUUGUUGAGCUAAAACGCUGCAGAUGUGGUUCAAAAACCCCAAAGCUGAGUCUGUGUUUUUGGAUGUUCAGAUACGUAAAGGGGGGAAAAACGCCAACUCUUUCAUGGUCAUGUGUAAUCAUCAUGCAUGCUUUGCAGAUUUCAGCUGCACUGAGAGCUUGCCUGUGUUGCUGGCUUUGUUAUGUCUGUGUUACUGUCUGCUUUAUCAGACAGUCUUUUGGGAUCAUACAGCCUUAAUGAUACUGAUGUUGUACAGCUCACAGCUCAGUUGAUGCUUCUGUUCAUGUCCCGUUAGACCCUCUGUGUUCAAAAAAACACCCUUUAAUCUCUGCUGCUGCUGUGUGCAAUUCAGCCGGAGAUGGAGAGAGCACUUUCAUCCUGGAGUUUGUGUUCUGAAUGAAGACAACAGAUGAUGGUGGAGCGAGGGGUUAUACAUCUGCGUGGUUGUAGCCGACUGAAAGCUUUUAGUGAUUUUCCCCCCUCAUGGUUCAGUUGUUUUCUGGUGAAAUGAUGUAAAUAAAAACAGGCUGCCUAUGUUUUUUUCCAGCUAUGAUGCCGCAUAGGCUGUCAGCGCCGCAAGUUUAAAUGCCAUUCGUUCAAGUAAACAUCAAACUCCACUUAAGAGGAGCUUGGCUUUUCGGAUACUCAGAGCUUGUGGAAGCUUGACCGGUGAUGUUUCUCGAAAACGUCUGGUGGGGUUUUUCUUGUUCUCUUAUUUGGGACAAAAACCAGAAUGUGCCUGUUAUUUUUUUAAAUUUUAUUUUAUUUUUUGCUCCAAGCGCUUUUCCUCUGUUGAAGUUCUGAGUUUGAGAAGAGAUAAACUCCCCCGCUUUUGCACCUUAAAAUUCUCUCUGUUUCCCUGCGAUGGGCCUCGCCUGAACAUAACUGAAGCAUAAUUACCUCAAAGUGUCCUAUUUUAUGGCUUCUCUCAGCGUGGUAAAUAAUUCAGUUUUCUGUUAAUGGAAUUUUGCAGAAGUCCAAAAAAUAUUUUAUUGUAUUAACUAAAGCUUUUCAGCUGUUUAACAUCUCCACCCCAGCCUCCAAAACACACACCAGCAAUCAUAUUUUUUGAUCCUCUAGAAAAAGAGGCAGCAACCCCGCUACCCUUUCUCUACACACACACACACCUUUUAUCAGUAGCAAUAAAAACACCUGUCACCUCCAGCAGCAAAGAAGACUAGUGGCUCUGUAUAGUAAAUAACCGCAGUAAACGGCCAGGGAGAGAUAGAUCACAUGUGAAAACGAUAAUCUGUUUCUCUGUUGCUCUCUCAAAGCCCCGAAUGCCACCCAGAGUAAAAUAUACGGUUUGUCAUCCUUUUAUUGCCCGCUAACUUCUAUUGACUGUGAGUGCUGGGAGAAGACUGCGGGGUUUCUACCCACCGUUCAAGUCCCCUCACUGUAGAUAAAUAUCAAAGCUGCUGUUAUAAAACAAAUCUAAAAUGGAGAAAGUUAUGCAUCCAGCCGACAGCAAAUUUACCUCAAUGCUGACAUAAUUAAUGUGCGUGUGAAUGCCAAACGUUUGCUGUCAAGGAAGUCAGUUUCAGGUUGGAAAAAAAGGUAAAAACUUGGUAAUGAUUUGUGACACUACUCAAGCUGAUUCAAAAAUACCAAUAAAAUAUGGCAAUAAAUCUUUUUCUAAAUGAGUUUUUAAAUUAGUCAAACUUCAUAUGAUUUUGCAACCAAUUUUAAUUUAAAGCUCCUGUGAGAAACUAGUUAUGUGGUAGUUUUGGCGCCACCUGUGGACAAAGCAGUCUUCAUUUAUCUUGACCUCUAUGCUUGAUGAGUGUCUUCUGAUAAAACGAUCUCUUUAUUCUGAUCUUGAACAGUCAAAUUUAACAUUUAUGAUGAAUAUUUUAUGUUUAAAAAAAAGUUAAAAUAAGGCUGUUUCUCCAGCUGUUUGGCUGACUAAUAGAUAUGAUAUUCCUUUAUUCGUUCCGCAGGGGGAAAUUCCAAAUUACAGCAGCAUAAAUACAGAAAUAGAAAUUAAAGGAUAAAGAAAUUUAGAUUUAAAUAAGAUGUAUACAUGAGUCUUAUUUACUACCCUCCUGCACAGGUUUCAAGCAUUAAAAAUUACAUCUUAAAAAUCAUCAGUCUUGUUUCUGAUGUUCUUGAUUACUUGAAUGUCAGUCUAUUCCAUUCACAUAAAAACUCCUCACAGGAUCUUAAAGCGGUCUUACUUAAACGGUGACUUACUUUACAAUUACUUUGUUUUUUCCACUCCAGUGGUAUGUUGAAUAACACCUUCAUGCACAUGUUAGGUGAUUGUAUGUAUAUAAUAAGAUCAGAAUGCAUUAUAAUGUUGAACUGAAUUGUUAUCUAAUUUCACUGUGUGUCAUCGUCCGUCAAAAAGUGACACUGACUGCAGCGUCCGAUAUUAUCUAUUUUUUUUAUACCCGGUGAGUUGACCUUCCUGUUUACAUUUGAAUCACGAAUUGCACCUUUGGUAACAACAUGUAGAGACAUCCAUAAUGAUGAAUGGUGCUGCUAAGCCGUCUCUAAAUCAAUGCUGUGGGAUGAGGGCAUUGGUCUGGUCUAAGCCAGCAGUCGACUGUUAUUGAUCAAGGUCAGAGGGUUUUCUCCUCUGGACUCGAGAACUCGGGGAGUCAGACAAACGCAGACACAUGCCAUUAAUAUUGUUUUACUCUGUCUGCAGAAAUUUCAAGUAUUUCCACGUCUUGCUCAUUCGUUGCAACAAAUGGGAUUGGAUUUGUGAGAAUAGUUGAGAACAAGCAUUGUUUUGCAGUUUUGCCUCUCAAACUGCAACUCAGCUUUACUUAACACAUGAUUUUAAUACAAGAGAAACUUAACAAAUGUCCUCAUUUUGCUUCUUAAGCUUCCAAUUACAUCCCGCGGUCUUGUCACGGAGAUGUUUUCGCUGUACGUUUCCAUGUUCAAAGUUUCUCCUUUUAUCCUGCAUGGAGCCAACAGCUCCCAGCGUGAAAGAAUACAUGCUGGCUUCUCCAUUAUUAUCAACACGACUGCUGCGUAGUGAUCAAUACGAUCUCACACCUUCAAAGUAAAUCUUUGCCCAUCCUGUGUGAGCAGCAUUUGUAUGGCAGACAUGCUGAAAAUUGUAUGGGCUCACGCCACACACUGCUCCUGUCUUUGUGGUUUCAAGAUUGCCGUGCAAGCAUAAUCCCCUGAAUAAACCCCACAGAAAAGAGCAGAAUGUGCAGCUGGUUGUAUUAUUACUUCAGCACGGCCCAAACUGCUGGUUAAUUCAGAGUCACAUUUAGCAUUAAGAGAUGUGAUUUUGGACUUUAAAAAAAACCUGCACCAGUGUUCUUAACUCCAUUAAUUUCCUACUUUUCUCACACUGGCCCUCUCCAUUGCUGUGCAGUUGCUAUGGCAACGCUCAUUUCUUGCCUUUCUCAGACCUCACAAAGCAGCCGGCCCUAAACCUUAAUGAAUGACGGAAAGUUGUUUCCCCUCUGAACACCAUCAUAAGCAGCAAAUAAUUUCCCCCUCAUAAGGCAGCAUACUAGUGAACUUGAUUGAACGACGGCUGUUGCAUCCUCGCUUAUUCAAACAGGAAUAAUAAUGGACGAUGAUGUAAGGCUGCGGCGGUGAAAUGGAUGGUACUUCCAUGUGAGGAUUAGUAUAAUUGAUUAGUUUGUAAUCCCUGUGCAAUGAGCAUUAAAAAAGUAGUUGGAGGAUUCAUGCUGCAUCCCCAAUAAAACUACCAUAGGAUAUGAAUUUCAAAUUUUACUGUGAAUUUUAGUUUGACUGAGCCUUCCAAAGAUGAUGAGUUUAAUAUUAAAGCAUCCCUGAAAUCAACUUGCAAAAAAAAAGGAUAUCAAAAAAGCAACAGAAGGACAGAAAUAGAUGAUAUACAAGUACGUUCAGGGUGAAGUGAAAACAAAAGGACAGAAUAAGUCAGAGCAGAAGAGAUCAGAUAAAUGGAUGAUGACAGAUUAAGACUAUAAAAUGGCAAAAAUAGCAACAAUAAGAUCAAAAAAGAGCUAAAUAUUACUGCAGAAAAUUAAAAAGAUAAUAGACAUCAUCAUCAUCAAAGCUGCAGGAGUAUGAUGAGCUAAUUUGAUCCCUUUUAUAUCGUCCAGUUUGAUCAUUUUAUAUUAUUCAUAUCUCAUUUUAAACCUACAUUAGUUACAGCAGGUGGAGAAGUUGAAAGAAUACUGGUAAGUAACAAAUCUGUCCCUUUUUUUUCUGUGGGAGCCAUGCUGAUAUUUUCUAUUUAACUGGUCAGUAUAAACCCCAGCUGAUGGAAUCUCUAUAUGACAGUGUGAAGUCCAUUAUCAUGCAUUAAUGGAAACCCACUGUCAGAUCAUAUCUGUGUCACCUCGGGCCACCCAGCGAUCCAUGCUGUCUGUCAUCAUCCUGACUUAUGGACUCUCUGAGGAGAGGUGACUGUGUUAGUCUUUCUUUGAUCUCGGUGUAAAAAGCAUUUUUAGGUGUUUCUUGUCUUGAAGGGCAUCCAUCUUCUCAUUCCUUAGAGUGAAAAGCAAUAUAAGUGAGUCAUCUCUCCAACAAAGCCAAGUCUCCCUCUUUGUGUUUGACAGAAGGAGGGAAAAUAAGUAAAUAUAGUGCACAGUCAAUUUUAUUGAUGUACAGACCAGUAAAUAACAGUUUUUUUCCUCAUGAAACAGCAUUCAAAAAAGGAGUUCUCCACCACAGUACAUCAGCAGUGUAAGGACCAUUAGCUGCUCUGUAGUAUGACCGAAAAACAAACACGCCAUGUGACGAAAAAACAGUCCACAGCGAAGGCGGAAGAAGUAUACAGAAAGCUUUUUUUCCCUCCCAUAAACAUAACACCCCCUCCAUUACGAUAAAUAUUUAAUCAGACUACAUCUACAAAAACAUAGUCUCAAAUCCUAAAACCGAACCUAGGAUACCUGGAGUAUCUACCUGGAUUUUCAAUGAAAUUGAGAGAUUGUUGGCAAAUGACUGUGUGGAUUGAUGCAGUGCGUGUUCACAGUUUGUAGGCUCAGCUUUACACCGUGUUAAAAAUUGGAAUCCUUUAAUAUCUGAGUAAGUUUAAUUAUUUUUUUCAAAUUAAAAUAAAAACUAAACAUUGUGACUUUUAUAACAUCUGAAUAAACUUACAUUAGCUUUAUGUGACAUCAGUUAUCCAUUAAUAUUAUUUAUAUAAUACAUUUAGAGAAUAAAGGAAACAAGAAAUACCUUUGGGUGUCUGCCCACGGGUAAAAAAAAAUCUUGUGUAAUACUUUCAGUUCUGUAAGACCACUGAAUAACAGGAGAGUCUUGCAAAAAUAGAGAUGGAAAGCACUUCAUCUCACCUAAUCUUUGAUAUCUAAGGCCUCUGGUAUUUCAGAAAAAGAGCUGUGUCCAGUUCCAGAAUCCAGAUUUACAUCACACUUAUGCCUGAAACGUACUUGAAGUUUGCUUUUUGUGUGUUUGCUCGAUAUCUUUGAAGCUUUAUUUUGUAGAAACAAAGAGGAAGUGCCAUGUCAAUGGUACGAUAUAAAACAGCCCUAGACAUCCUUGAUAAGAAAUACCCCUUGAGUUUUGAGGGUCCAGCUACGCUACCUCUCCUUUUACAAAUCAGUGGAAUGUCUUUGCUCCUUGGUUGUACAGAUGCCAAGGGAGGAUUGAUUUAAAAAAGAUCAUUGGUCCAUCUUCUCCAGCAUUUUACUAAGCCUUGAGUUAAACCUUUUUCCAUAUUUAGUCAGGAAAUAUUAUGCAGCAGUACAACAACAAAAGCAUCUGUGUCCCAGAGGCUGUUCACGCAAUCUGAACCUGGGCAUUUCAGUUUAAUGCAUGAAAAUUAUACAUUAUCCCUGAAAGAACACCGCCAUUAUCCCCAUGGUGCCUCUCAUCGCACAGCCUCCCAUCUCAUGCCGCUGCGCUUUCUGAGAAUUUCUCGGGCUGAGUAAACACAUGUCUCUGAAAAAGGUCUUUACUGUUUACUGUGGAUGUCCUCAUGCCUGAUGAUUUUAUAAGUGACCCAGUAGAAGACGUUAAAGAUGAGGAACGCCAAGGGAAAAGCAGCCCGUGAGAUCGUGUCUAUCCUCUUGGCUCUGUCCACAAACUUCUUCUUCAUGGUGUCCGUGUCCUUGGGGACUGACGGUUGAGGGUUCGGGGCUGGAGCUGCAUUCUUAACAGCUGAGCCAUCUUUCGUUGGCAGACACUGACUCGUGUUGUAGCCAGCAAAAUUAAAGCGGCCCUCAUGCAUGUCCUCAUCCUGAAAAAACACAUGCACAUGUGGAACAGAGUUAGUGUAUAUUUAGUCUUUUUUUUUUUUUAAAUGUAGCAAAGGAAAUGUGUCCUUUAAAACCACUGGCUCUGUGAGCUAAUGGGAAAUACAAAAAACUUAACACAAUUGAUCCAAAGAUGGAAUUAGAAGUUGUAACAGCUCAUCUAUUGGCCUAAUUUUCCACGUAGAUUUAGUCAUGUCACAUCUGUUUCAUGUGCACCCAUUCGAACAGCUUCUCCCUGUCUCUGCUGCUGUUUCUUAAAGUUAUUUUGGGAGUUUUUCUUUCAUCGAACCCCCAGAAACUGUUCAAUUCUGCAAAGAUUAUAAAAGCCCUCUGGAGGGAAUCAAUAAUUUAGGUGACAAAAAUAACAUUUCAUUCUGAGGGACAAACAAAUGAUUUUGAUCGAGUUUCAUAACAAACCAUCAGACAGACUCUAAAACUGUCACUAAAAAUACUCUUAUUUACCUGAUGGGGGGCCAGGAUAUUGCCAUAGUCAAAAAGGAGGGACAGAAGCCUGUGUCAUUUCAAAUAGUAAAUACUGAGAUACUUUAGCUUAGAGUUAAACUUGACCUGCUGGUGGCGCAAGUACGAGAGGAUAAAAAAAGUAAACCUCUGCCACAUUGACUACAAUCUGAUAUUAAAGCUUUAAGGAACAACGGCCAAUUUUUCUGAGCAGACAGCUGGUUUAGAAUUAGGUAUGAUGACCAUACAACGUAACAUGACAUGAUACGAUUGGAUAUGAUUAUACAAUAUGAUGUGAUAUGGAGAAAAAAGAGAAAAUUAUGCUUAUAUGUUGAUUUCUGUUUGUGUGGAUGUAUUGGCAGCUUUAGCUGAUCAGUUUUGGGGUUCGCACUGAAGCUGUUAUAAUAUUCCUGUUUGUAGAAAUUGAGGUAUUGUGAUUUCCUGCCUAAAUUAAACAAAAUCCAUCCAGUAGUUUUAGAUAUUUCAGUCUUGUGGUGCAGCUGACUGAUUGACCCUGUUAUCCCUAAAUCCACAGUGCUCGUACGGCUAAAAGUUAGGUAAGCAAAUGGCAACCUUGUAAACUUUGAAAAGCCUACCUUGUGAUUCCUCCUUUGUCUUCGCCUCAGGCGGAGGAACUCUUUCUGUUGCCUGGAGACAAAAUUAACCCCAGCAUAUUCUAGCAAUGCAGCAAAUACAAAGAGCAGACACACAGCCAUCCAGAUAUCAAUGGCUUUCACGUAAGAGACCUGGGAGAGAGAAAACAGAUUUCUUUGGUUAGAUCUCCGGGUGACAGCAUCAGCUAACGGUUCAAGUGCAGUAUGAAGGUGUGCUUAGACUUAAAAUAUUGGUUUAAACCCUUUAGUAUUCAUUUCAAGUCCCGGUUCUGUUAGAUCUACCUGCAUUUUUCACCUUUCUCUUUCUGUCAUGAACCCAGGCCUGCUAAAAUACUGUAAUUAUAAUUAGUGUUUGCUAACAAGUGUAUCAGAGCUGCCAGGAAUGUCAGCAACUGCAUAAACUCACACAGUGGGAAAUAAUCACUGCCUUAAUUUACCAGCAAAGGGGAAACAGUAGCUUUAGUUUGUACCUUUUGCACUGGUUUUGAUGUGUCUUUUGAAACAGUGAGGAGGAAGUUGAAAGCCUUUCCUGCUCAUCAGUGAGACCGGCUAACGUCAUGACAGCUGAUUAGCAUGAAAAGAAAACAACUCAGCUAUUUCAGGGCAUAUAAAGCGUUUUGAGAUACACUUGUCCGUAUUGAGGCUCUCAAAGGCUUCUCUUUAAAUAUUUAUCAGUAUGCGUGUCUUUUAUGAGAGCACCUCUGACAUGGUCUAGGCAUUAUAUGCUGAUGUGCUGAUUGAUCAUCAAGAUCUGCUCUUGCUGCUCACAGGUACCCUUCACUAUAUUUGCACAGCAAUUUAAUCUGAUGGAAAAAAAGCGAGGCUGUCAGUAAUACACACCGACAUUGUCACAGCUGUAAUGCAAAUGUUUAAUGCAAAACACAUUUAUGGUGUAAUCAUCUUAGAAAUAAUGGGUUUCACACCCACCGGAGAUGAUGUGGCUGCCUUCACAUUACGCGGAGAUAACAGUGUGUCAUUCCAAGUACCUCAAACAAUCAAAGCACCCUAUCAUUUAUUUCACUGAUUACUGGUGUUGUCAUCAUCUCAUUUAGAUUUUUGUUUUGUCUGCAUAUUGCCUGAAUUUCAACACUGUCUCUGUCCGUCAAAUACUGUCAUCAUCGUGCCUUACAGUUACAGAGGAACAAAUAAAUGUUGAAUGUAAGAGCCUGAGUCCUGAACACUUACAGUAACAACAGUAUAGUAAUAGUGAGUCCUGUUACAAACAAAUGUUCAUCUUCAUGUACGGUUAGAUGUAUUUUUCCACUUACGAUUAUAACACACAGCACAGAGACCAAACAGAUCUCGAAUUAACUUGAUUUAUAUUUUCACUUUUCUAAAAUUAUCUGUCAUGAAUCCUUCCUGGUCCCCUAAUUCAUUCAUUUCUUCUCUCUGCCCUGUUUUCCCUGCCAGUUUUAUCACCUGCUCCCCAGCCCUGCUGCUAACUCAAGUUGUAUUUACACUGUCCAACUCUCACCAGUGUCCUGCCAGAUUGGCUUCUGCAUUAAGCUAAGCCUGAACCCCUGGCUGAUUUUCAGACUUUAUUUCUUUGCCUGCCCUGUGCCUGGAUUUUAAGAUGUUGGUCAGAGUCUGUAUCAAAAUAUACCUGACAAAUCUUCAAACAAAGCAAUUGUCGAGUCUGUGGAUGGGAUAUAAAAAAUCUCCAUGCAUUUAUAAUACACUGUAAUAUUCAUGUUAUUCUUAUAUUCUUAAAAUCUGCAUAGUCUUGUACCUUAAUAUUGCAGUUUGAUUAGAAAUAACAUCAUUCAGACCAACAGACUUGUGUUACUUGUGUUUCUGCUGCAUUGUAGACCUGCAAUCUUUUUUUCCCCAGCUGAGACAACUAAAGAAAAAGCUUACCUUUGGAAGAGAAGCUCUGGAGCCGGAGCUUUGAGUAGUCAUGGUAAGCACAGUGGUGAUGCCCAGCGCCACUCUGGCAGGAGCAGCAUCCAUAUUAAUCCAGAAGGACACCCAGGAGAGGAUGACAAUGAGGAGGGAGGGGAUGUACAUCUGGAUCAGGUAGUAUCCCAUCUGUCGCUCCAGGUGAAAUUUCACUUCUAUGCAGGUAAAUUUACCUGUUCAACAGUGUAAAGUUUAGUUUGGCUUACAAACAAGGAGUGUCAGCUGUAUAAUGUAUUUGUUUGUUUUUUUGUUUGUGUAUCCUCCUACCAGUGUUGUAGUGUUUUGUACAGUAGCCCAGCUCCUUCUCCUCCCUCAUAAUGAACUGAGGCAGAGUGAGCCCAUCGGACACCUGCACCGCUCCGUUCUCCAGCCACUCAAAGACCAAGUCGUUCAUGGUGUAGCCGACUUCAGACAGAAAGCGAAAGGUGAAUCAAAAUGAAGAAAGUCAGAAAAUAUUUUAAAGAGUCAAUGUUCAAGUCUGUUACAUGCUUAAAAGAGGCAAAGAUAUCUUUUUGUUAGUCUGAUAUCAAUUGCUUCUGUCUUCGCCCCUGUUGGUCACAUAAGAAAACCUUUAGCUGUGUCGUAUUUUCAGUACUUAAUGAGUUUUAUAUUGAGAAGAAAGGGUAAAGUUUUAUGAUUAUUCACUGAGUGCUUCCAGUGUUGUGAUUACAAAGGAGUUUAAGGUAAAAUCUUUGUUUUUUAAUUAAGCUUGAACCGUGCCAAAAUAUUCUACUCACGGCUUUUCUUCUGUUUGUUAAAUAUGUAACUAGUGCUGCAAAAAAAAUGGACUUCCACUUUCAUUAUUAUCAUUCCCUCCCUCUUAUAAAGAUUCCUCUCCAUUCUCCAGAAGCAUCUCCAGAAACACUUACAACUCUCCAGUUGCAUCGUACAAGUUUGGACAUCCAUCGGAAAGUUCUUCAGAUCCAUCGGGCAGGACAGAAUGAGAGUCAACCUGCAAUGCAAGACACAUUUUUAUGGUAAGACUCAUUGAACAAACUAGAUUACUUGAUUCUGUAAGAAAUGUAUGUGUUAAGUCUUGCUCUAGUGGUUGAACACAUGAGCUGAAAUCAUAUUAAACCACAAUUGGCCCCUUUUCUGCAGCAACCUCUGUAGUGUGUACUUUUUUGUCCUAUGUGAUACCCUCUGACAUAUCAUGUCUUUUGGGCUGAACUUUGGGCAUGUCACGUUGGAUUCCCUUCAGCAGGUUUCUAUCACACUUUCAUUACAGCGAGGUAUUGUUUCUGUGAUGCAUUGUGGUCCCCGUCCUCUCUCUCUGUCUGUUCUCCCAUGAAUGGAAAGAGUGGCUAACCACCUUUCAUCUCUGCCGUUGACCCGCUCUGCCUCCACACCUGAGCACCGCUCGGCCUGAAGCCGCUCCCCAAAUGGACUCAAAAUUGAUCUGCUUCAUGUCGCAUCACAGCAGAGAAAAUUGAAUGCGGUGUGAGAUUGAAGUUGUAUUGAAAUGAAAUGAAACAUAUUUUCAUAUUUUGUUCUGGGUUUAGCUCAAAUUUUAGGCCUUUAAAAUGUCAUCCAUGCUGAAUAGGGCUGGAUGUUUCAGGCUUGUCCACAGUGCGUUUUUGUUGAAAGACCUACAUUCUGCGUUUGGGGACACCAAUAUGAAAUGAACUCGCUCUUCUCUUUGGGAUUUCAACAAUGCCCCUGAGAUAAGCUUGCACUCCUCCAAUCACUGCUCCUGUAUUGAAAAUCUACAUUGCACACUGGGACGUUCUGUAGUUCAGUGAAUUAUGCCAUUUCAAAGGGGCAAUCAUAAUGAGAUCAAAUCCAUUUAUAACUGUGUCUUUUACAUUGUGGGUCUUUGAUGUUCAAGAGGAAGUGUAAGAAAAGCAAUAAGUGAAAUGUCCCGAGGUGGUCUAUGCAUCAGGGCUUUUGGUUCUCUGCAGCAUAAUUUUCACCCAGCACUGAUUCCUACCUCAGCUUCAGUCCUCCAGCACCAAAAUAUUACAGCCACAACUAACUAUAAAAAUUUUGAAUAAUCUCUUGCCUUUGAAAAAUGACCAUCUCAACGCCUGGAGCCAUUUCAAAAAAAUAUAAUACAAUAGCAGAAGGAGAAUUAAAUAAAUUGCAGUCACACCAGUUGCAGAAUAAUUUGCCUUUCACUUGCCAUAACCAUCUGGUAUGAAAACCAAUAUCUUUAUACUUUUACUCGUUUUAUUUUAGAUUCUAUCAGUAGUGAAAGCACGUCCAGCUCUUCACCUGAUACUGUAGAGGACUGUCCCAUCUUUGAAGAUUCGUAGCAGUUUAUUAUCUGUAGUCACAUCAUGAAAGUUGGCUCCUUUCUCGUUGGCAAAGAAGAGGUCGGGCUUCCAUAUGGAGUCCAACAUGGAGGGGUCCAGGUCGAGGGAGGAAUCUGGGUAUUUACUAUACGCCAGCCGAGGGUCAUUCCACUUCUGCCGCAGGAAGAUGUUCACUCUGUAAUCCUGCAGAGAAGACAAGCAGCUUUGCAUAUUUUAAAACUCACAGAUUGGGGUUAUUAGAAGCAUGCGGUCUGUCAUCAAUAUUGUUAUUUUAAAUCAGUAUCCUCCUUUUGAGGAGGUAAACUAAAAUAUUGCAACAAAGUUCUUUACGAGUUUUCAUCUGCAGAAAUGUGUCUAUGACAGAGAUUGAAUUGGCAUGUAGUCCAGCUUUCAAACAGUAAAAUAUAUAUGUAGUAUGAAGUAAAGUCAAAGCACAGUCCUGUAAUAUGAAUAUCAUAACAUGGAGACGGAUAACAUGGAUGAUGAGAAAAUAAUACAUUCCAAUGAAAUGCACCAUAACUAAGCAUAUAUCCUCUUAAAUGUCAUACCCACGUUCACAUGGCCAGUCGGGUGAUUAUUUAAUGCUGCAAGAGGCAUCAAAAACUGACCUUUGAGUAACUUUUCAUAUCAAUCUCUAUUAUGUUGAGCUAAUGAGUUUAUAAGAUGUAGUGGCUGAUGAGGAAAACUCCGCAUUUGGUUGUAAACUGAGCACCACAAAGCGGAGUUGCUCGCUGUAAUUGAUAUGUCAUGAUGAUGUGAGAUCCUUGUGUAGUUUGACUUUUCAGCGUAUUGGCGGUUCCAAAUAUUUGCCUGCGUGUCUAAAGCCGUGUAAUUCCUUGGCAAUCUCAUGAGCUGCAGCUCCUGUGCAAAUUAACAUCCUUCAUUCAUGAUCUAAGUGGUUAUUAUCACUCAUUAUGAAUCCUUUGAUCGUGAUGAGUUUCAAUGCAGCCUUGUAGGUUUUAUAUUUUUACCCCUCAGGCAGUUUAACGCCUUCACACAUUGCAUACUACAGAUUGGUUUGUUAGAAAGCCCAGCCCCCAAUACUCUGUUACAGGCUGCUUACUGGUUUGGAUUUGCUGCAUGAAUUAUUAAACCUGGACUAACACAUGCACAGGAGGCGUAAGAGAAAAUACUGGCGGAUAACCGCAAACCAAGCGCCUCAUUCAUUAUCACUGUGGGCCACAUGGACCCGCCAAUAAGCCCCUUGAUGGCAAAAACAAAGUAAGAGUAAAGAGUAAAAUAACAAAAACCAGGAUGAAUCAUUUAUAACCUUUUAAUAUGGGUCAACAAAACAUUUCCAAUCCCAACGCUCCACUCACCAUUGUAGUUUCUGCUAUAGAACCAAAGCUGUUGAUAAAUAUGUUGCAGGUAACAUUAACUGGUGGACCUGCAGGUUGAGGGAUAGAUAACACAUUGACACAUAGUAGAGAAUCAGACAAAAGGCCAAAGGAAGAACUCACCAUAGUGGUCUCUGUGACAGAGCCGAAACUGUUGAUAAAAAUAUUGCAUGUAACGUUUACGGAGGGACCUGUGAAAUGGAAUGACAAUGACAUGAGAGGAAAAAAGCCUUAAACCACAUUAUUGAGGCCUGAGUUUGUUUGGAGAGGUGGAGAUGUUUGAGGAGGCAAGCAGCUGUUUGAAGGUGUAGGGCUACAUGCAUUCAUACACUCAAGCACUGGAAGCUCCGUGAGUGGAUGGUGACAUACUGCAUGCUCUGAUAAAUCAUACUGAACCUGAGAAGACCUGUGUUGGCAUUGGUAUGGUUUAAAAUAUGUAUUAAGAUUAUUUCUUUAUUUAUUGUUUUACUUUUACACAUUUUACUGAGUGGCUUUCAGAGAUUUGAGACUAACUUGGACUUUUUACAGAUUAGUUUGACCUAAAGGGGCAGGGGGAAAAAAGCAGACAUCUGUUGGACACCCACAUUUUCACCUGAAGGCAAUUGGCAGCACAUUUUUUAAUAGGCUGGGGUUUUGUAGCAAAGCACUGAAAAAAUCGAUUUUCCUUAUUUGUGACUAAUCGGUUCUGUAUUGUGGACUAUUUGAUGUUAGUUUAUCAUAAAUGCUUGUUUCAAAUGAUAAAGUCUGCUUCUGUUCGGCUAAUCUUUUGGAGUUAAUGCAAACACUCGUGCAUUUUCUGCCUUUAGAUCUUAAACAGUUAAAGUUAUUGUGCACACACUGGCGAAUGCAUGCACACUAGCAGUAGUUAAGAUGUGCUGUGAUUAUCUCUAUCUCGCGAACGAGUCUAUUAACAGAAAAUUAUGCAGCUAUUUUGACUGUAAAUCAAUCUUUUACUGCUUUAAAAAAGCCAAGAUGCACUUGUCAUUACUUGAUCAAUGUUCUGGGUAGGUUAUUCAAUAAUAGUCAUACCUGACAGUUAUAGCUCAAUAGUGAUUUAUUAAAUAUUGUAUAAAAUUGGAGCAUUUUAUAUUCAACAGUGUGUGUAACAAGUUCACAGCAUGCUCUGAUUUGUGGUAAAGUUUUAAUAUCCACAGUGCAGCCUGAACUUUAGGGCAUAUUAUGAAGUUACUAUUAAAAGUCACAGCAAAUCAUUUCUUCCUCUGCCUGAUAAGUGUAGGCCUUGUAAGCCCUUCCCAGUGCCCUUCCCCUGUGCUUUUCUCAUCAAUAUUGCAUAGCACUUGGUGUUAAUAUUUGCCUCAGUUUGUCGUCAGGUAGCUGCAUUUAACAGCAGAAGCAGAAAAAAAAUAAAGCGGCACUUCCUCACAACAAACUCAGCACGAAAAAACUAGGUCAGCCUUCAGAAAAUACAGUUCAACACUGCACUUCAAAGUCUGACUCGCAGGUUUGCAGUCGGAAUCGUCUGUUUACAUCGCAGUGGGUUCAUGCAAAAGUGUUUGUUUUCCAGCCAUAAGAUCCUGUCUGGAGCUUUAUCUGGCCUGGAAUACAAAGAGAAUGCAAAUGUAAACACCAACGUAGUGUUUCCCUCCUUUAAUCCAUGUGUGCUUCUGCUCUCAUUAUUAUCUAGAAACAGUUGCUUUCCCUUCAUCCUUCCUCCUGAAAAUGCCAGCCAGUGCUACACAGCAGGUCCUCCUCCCAUCUUAAGCUUAUUCCAGCAAUCUUGUCAACCCCCCCCAGAUGGAGAGGUAGGAUCUGGGCCAUGUGUUUGCUGAAAUCCUGCUGGCCAAUCCCGUGCGCAACACUGCUUCAACUGGAGUCCCCAAGCCCCCCGACAAAUCCCAGCCCCACCUGACCCAGGCUGGAGUGGGAUCUGGCCCGAGCCCCAGCAGGCUUGGCUGGUCCGCUCCUUGCUCAGAACUGUUCCAGUGACAGAUGAUGUGUGUGUCCCCAGCAUCACAACAGCAGGCAACACAGGAAGUCAGUAGCCUACAGCCUUGCCACAGGGACACCAUCCAUCAUUCGGCCUGACAGGGUGGCAUCCUUGUGAUACUUACAAGCCCUCGUGUUUUUGUUUGCAAAUGAUUAUUGAGUGGUGAAAUGGAUUGUUUGACAUAAUGUCAUCCUCAUUCAAAACAAAACAUGACAUGUCAUGAUUUGAGUUGUUUCAUGGUUUUAUUCAAGCCAGGAAAACCAUGUUACUGUCACCUGAAGUGAUUGAUUGGUCUUAUCAAAUAAUCUGGCAGCAUCAGAUAGCAGUAAAUGGCUCUCCAGAUGUCAAAGUCCCAAAGCUUGAAUAAAAGGGAUGGAGACGGGAUUCUGCAUGCACAUCACAUGUUGGGAAGAGUUGGAUGUUUGUGUCUAAAUUUUGAAGUUCCGUACUGAGGAGUAGACAAAUACGGUGAUAAACAAACCUUUGAAAUUGGGUCUGAUUCGUGCAUCAUACCCGGACGUGCGACCCAUAAGUGAGUCCAGAAAGUCUGAUGGAGACAUGUUCGAGGAUGAUCUGGGAUCGUGCUCCUUGGCAUCCACAACUCUGUAACAAAUGCGCGCACACACAGAGAGACACACAUUGAGGGGGAGAAAUCACUUUAUCAGACUGAAGUCGCGCCUGAAAACCGGGAUUUAAACCUUAUCUGCCGCCUACCAGCUGCACGGGAGUGACGGGCAAGUACGGGGAGGCUGGGAUGUGCGUUAAAGCGCACGCAUGAAUCAGACGAAUCCGAUGUGAUUUUUACGUCUCUGCAAAGACUUCACAGAAUAAGUCUUUUACUUUUCCAUUAUGGCACAAAUAUUUCAUCACUCUGAAGGUAAUACUCAGCGGAUCGUCGUAGGGAUAUUGCUAUGGCGCUACAAUAGAACGAGAUAUGAUGCCUUUACGUGCGUAAAUGUCACAAGUCCCGAUGUUGAAUGUCGUAUAUAUUCCAUGAAGGCUGUCGUCACUCAGAAAAAGAGUUCAAACAAAUGAAUACAGCAUACAAGGAUAUAACCAACUCAUUCUGUAGAGACAAGUCCCUGUCAGUUUGAUAUGGUUCCCUGCAAAUAGUGCGAAUACACGUCUCAAGUUUAGGAUACAUUUUUAAAAUAGACAAUGUGGAAAAAACCCAAAUCCUACCUGAAGUUUGUCUCCAUGAAACAUGUUAUUAAAGCUGCCAAAACCUUGAAAAAGCAGCGAUUCAUGCCCCGUGGUUUUCCCAUGUGCUCACUUUUUUAUUUCUUCCAUAUGUUUACAUUGGUCAAACACAUAAUCCAAAUAGAGGAUCUUUCCACCUCACCAGACCGUUUAGGUGCUCUUGUGUCUCACAAAAAGCAGGAGACAUCCCUCAAUGCAGCCACAGAUCAUAGUUUAGUUUCACGAAACUCCUAGAGACAGAUUUCUUGAAGCGGAGGUGAGGAGAGACAUCAGAACUGAGGACAGACGCGAGGAGGUAAAACUCCAAAACCGCGUCCUCUGGAAGCUUCAUGUCCUGGCUCAGGAUGUGGAUGUUACUCCGUGAAGGCAACCCGUCAGCCCAUGUAGUUACGCAUGAAGUGAAAUCUUUCGCAGGUGGAGGACCGUCCUCUGUUGAGGAAUGGGAGUGGAACGCCUUUUUUUCUCAUUUCAGCACUUGGACAGCUCCCGUCUCCGUUGCGCGCAAGCGCAAGUCUUAAAAGUGGUGGACGUGAGUUGGUUUACAAUAAAUCCAAUCAACGAAGGUGGUAAUAAUCAGAAACACGUUCGCACAUUGUAUAUAGUGGCUGUUGCAUAACGAAAGGUGUCAGUUUUAAAUGUAACGGCUUUUUACUGACGAGAGGGCGCGCGGCUGCGCAGCAGGACUAACUGGCUUUGGAGAUGUUUCAUGUGCUUCCAGUGGCUUAAUGAAGCUUCUGUGGAUACUGUGAACAGUCUAAUGCAAAUCUACAGCCUUUGGUGAACGUGUGAAUUGACCCUCAGUUUUAGUUCAUUAUCCAGAGAUAUGUUUCAGCUGCAAUCAGAAACAAACAGAUUUGUACUGUGGGCGUAUUGUUGUCUGGGUGACUCUGACGUCGAUCACACUUGGAUUUAUUUGCUGGCAUAUUUUUGGGUGCCCAUUUUUAUCUGUUUAAAGCCACCUCCAUCCUCUCGCAGAUAUGAAAAGUGUAAACAAAGGACGCACGAGCCAGAAGCCGCUGGGAGUGUAUUUGGCACCCUGGUUGCCCUGGAAACAGAUUUCUGAGGCACAUCAUUGGAAAAGCUGAAAGGUUGGCCUCCCAGAGCGAGACGGAAGAGAGCUGACUGACUGACAGAGACGCAGACGGAGACGGCAGGAAAUGUACUACAGGCUGGCUGAAGCCCAAGGGUGGUGAAACGAGAGGUUUAGUAGGCCACGGUGCAUGUAGAAAUUAUUCAAUAUAUAUGUAUAUAAGCUGCUGGUAUUGGUACAGGAGCUGCACACUGAGGCUGUGAGUGGGCUGAGAGGCUUCAUGAAUGACUCACUCUGCAUGAAGACUCAGGCAUGUGCUGAGGAGGAAACAGCUAAACUUAGGGAGUUAAAAAAAAAAGUAUUUCAUUCACAUCACAUGGACCUGCAGGCUCAGGGUGGUGAUGGAGCUUUCUCUGAGCACAUCACAUGCCUCAAAGCUGUGACAUCCUGGGGGCAAUAUUACACCUGAGUCUGACACUUGGUUGCUGACCAGGUUUGAGAUCACGCCGGGUUGUCUCACCUUGAGAGAAAGAGUCAUCCUCUUUUAAUGCCACGGUCUUAAAUGAAAAGUGUCACAUUAUUUCUCACUGAGGCGAGUGUAUGUAUGGCUUGCACCGGUGUGGGCGUUUGUGUCAUCAGAGGUCUUGUGUAUGUCAUGUUCUACAACAUGUUUAACUCCAUAAAUACUAAAUGUACUAUGUGAAUUAUUUACCAACUCACUCAUGUAUCCGCUUUUAUUUUAAAUCAAAGAAAACCAAGUAAAAAGAAGUGAAGAUUAUGGUUUAAAUAAAUGAGUGGACCUUAACUGUUUUAAAGAUAAAAUAAGUCCCCCAAAAAAGCAAAAGAAAGACGUAUUUCCUGAAAUUUCACCUGUUAGAGCUGAAAAUCCUUUUUGCACUCAAGUCUCUUCUCCCUACUUCUGAGACAGCUCUGGUCAGCUUGUCUGUGUAAUGACAACCUACCGCAGCUCCAAUUGGCCAUUAGUUUCCAUAUGGAAAGACUUUGGGCCAGGUGGGUCACAUAAUUAAAGGCGAACAAGUGUCAUUAAGGGAAGAGCCGCACUGCCCUCCCUCCAUCUCUCUCUCUUUUUCUUUCUGUCUGUGUGAAAAGAGAGUAUAAAACAGAACAAUCCUUUUGACGACAGCAGUCUGUCUGUCUCUUUAUCCAGAGUUUUUCACAGAGCUGUUCAAAUUAAAGGCUGAAGAUGGGCAAAGGCGUUAUUUUUAAGCUGCCCACACAGAAAUAAAAGAGAUUGGUGGCUAUAUACUGACAGUUAUUCUGCAGGGGAAUUAAGGCUUUUAAAUCAUGAGGUUCAUUGUGUUGUCUAAAAGGAUUUGCAGCCCAAUUGAUUACUUUGAAAUUAAAUCGAAUUAUUUUCAUAUUUGUAAUUAGUUUUUAUUUUAAACCCAAAAUUAACACACUAAAAGGUUAGUAUAUGUAUCUAAAUGUGUACACAGAAGGAUAAAGUAUAACCAGCUGGGUACUCCAUGAAGUCAAGGCUGUUGUCAUUGAUUUCUGCCAAUAAGUGAGGAGUUGUGGACUGACUGGAGAGCUCACCUGGAAACAACAAACAGGCUUUACCUCCCUGAUGCUCAUGUGCACUGGACUGGAGACAAUGGAGCGCUGCAGAGUAUCUAUUGCCCCAUCGAUUCCUUGUAUCUUUAUCCCACUUAAUGACUUUUUCGCUCUAUAAUUCAACACAUGGAGCUCAUCUUGAAGCCUAGAAGGGGAUCCAGGGGAGUAAGUUGUGAUGGGAGCUAUUUUUGAUGAGGCAGAGUAACAUGCAGGAGGAGGAGAGAGAAUGCAAAAAGAUUUAAUGAGUGGAUUCUUGAAGAGAAAUACAGAUUUAUGAAUUCUCCAGUGCUACAGCAGCCAACACACUUACCAUAAUCUCUCUGUUGUAACAAGAUGAGGAUAUUUUGAGGGCCCAUAUGUGGCAUGCAGGAGAAAUGUUAAGAUGAAGCACACGUCCAAGGUAUGACACAGGCUCUUCGAUAUGUCAUGCACUAAAAAGUAGGGGGAAAAAAAUCACCAACAGGAAAGAAAGCAGGAUUGACGCACCUUUACACACAGGAGACCCCUGAAAUAUUAAUCUCACUUUCUGUAAUUUAACACCAAACUUACCCUUUUAAAUUGAAGAUAGAGC